AGAGAAUUAGUCUAAUUAAAAAAAAUUACUUUAAUAAAAAAAAUUCAUAUAAUUUAAAAAUAAAAUUCACAAUAAUUUUACGCGUAAAUAUUUAAAACAAAAACAUCAACUUGCAUUAAAAAGCUUUUACAAAGUAUUGAAAAUUUGUAAAAAAAAAAUUUCUUCGUUUUUAAAUGUCAAAAAUUCUACGCUAAUGUCGCGCUUAAUUUACGCCACAAUAAGCAGCACCAGCUAUAAAUCGCAGUCGCGUUCGAAGCGGAAAAUUUGUGCAAAUUUAUAACUUGCAACAGCAACUGUAUGUAAUUAACGCGUUUCGUAUGUGUGCAACAAUUUUUAUUUAAUGCUGCUCAAAGCAAUUCAAUCAAGCAGAGCCAAGCUUGUCAACCAAAAAUAAUAGCAAAUAAGUGUGCAAGCUAAUUUUUCAACUACGAAAUUUGCUUACAAUAAAAUAUAUGCAUAUAUAUAGAAAAUAUUUUUUAAAUGAAAAAUCAUAUAUCAACUGUUCUGUGUGAAAUGCGUAGUGAUUUCAAAGAUAAUCAUCAAGAAACAAUUAAUAAAAUGAUACAAUUUGGCACCGUUAAAUAUGGUAUCGUCAAACAAUUGAAAGACCGUGCGCACAGCGUGGAGAAAGAUGAGUCCAGCGAUCAGGAGGAGAAUGGUGCUUGCUGCUCGCCCAUUGCCAGUCAAGACGUGGCGAGCAAUACCGAAACGACAGCAACAAGUGCCGCAGUAGUGGCAACAACAGCCGUGCCCACAGUUAUGCUUGCAACGCCGGCACACAGCGCAAUUGGCAAUGAUUUGUCAGUGGCGGCACAUGUGCAAGAUCGCACACAAAGCGCAGCGGAUGCGCUUGAACAAAGUACAACAACAACGACAAUGAGCGAGGCGACCGAAGAUCACAAUCACAACAACACUAGCAACAGCAAUAAUGCUAUGUCCGGUGUAUCACCGACGCGACUAGAGCAAGCGCGCGGUUCCACACCCGUGGAGCGCCUACUACAAUUAAAACAACUUAGCGAUGCAGCCGCGUCGGCGAUGGUGGAAGCGAGCGCAGCGUCGGCAAUUAGCGCGACCAGCACACUAACAUACAAUACAUAUCCGCUAGAUAGUGCUGGUGUUGUGGCUAACAGCAACAAAUUUGGUGCGCCCACACCAAUGGACACCGAAGAGACGGAGGAAAGUACGCUUUAUGCAUCGGCUGGUACGAUGGCAAAGCAGCGCGCCACACUAGCAGAAAUAGAUAAUAAGGAAGUGGAAGAGGAUGGCGAUGAAGAUGAAGAUCAACAAACUGCCGAAGAAUUGGCUAUCAAGCAGCGCGCCGAGGAAUUAGCGGCGGCUAGCGCAGCGCUAACAAAUGCCAACAGUAUGGACGUUAGUAAUGGCGCGGUCACAAGCGAAGCAGAUGACAUUGCAAAGAGCACUGCCGCCGCGCUUACGCCCACAGCGAGCGCGCUUGCCAGCGCGGCCGGUUUGCCACAAGCUGCUGCCGCCGCCGCUUUCGGCACCGCGCCGGUCAAUCUGGAAGCCAUACAAAAUAUGCAAAUGGCUAUCGCGCAAUUCGCCGCCAAGACGAUAGCGAAUGGCGCACAGGGUGGUGAUAAUGAUGCGGCUAUGAAACAGUUGGCUUUCUUGCAGCAAGCGCUGUUCAAUUUGCAGCAACAACAACUCUUUCAAAUACAACUCAUUCAACAAUUGCAAUCACAAUUGGCAAUGAAUCAGUCGAAAGGUACGAGCGAUGGGGAAGUUGGCGACGGCGAUGAGUUGGAGGAAGAGCGCGAAGACGGCGAAGAAGACACAUACGAAGAGGAGGAACGCAUUGCGGAAAUGGAGUUGCGCCAGAAGGCGGAGGCGCGCAUGGCCGAGGCUAAAGCGCGUCAACAUCUCAUCAAUGCCGGUGUGCCGCUGCGCGAUGAAGCUGCCGCCGGCGCACAGGCAACUAGUUCAGCUGACACCAGCGGUAACGCGCUAAACGCUACAGAGUCACUCAAGCGCAAACGCGAAGAUGACGUUGAUGCUUUUGAGGCUGUGGCCAGCAGGCGCAUGAGUGUUGAGGCGUCACAGCUCAGCGCUACACGCGCGAGUGCGCAAAUGCCUACUGGCAUGGAUGCUUUGAGUAAGCUGAAGGAAAUGGAAAAUAUGCCACUGCCGUAUGGUACUGAUCUCGCCUCGAGCAUAAUUACCAAUCACGAUGAUCUGCCUGAGCCCAAUUCGCUCGAGAUGCUGCAAAAGCGCGCGCAAGAGGUGCUAGACUCCGCCUCGCAGGGCAUACUUGCCAACAAUAUGGCUGACGAGUUUGCAUUCAGGGAUAAGAACGGCGACGGUAAGAAUCGCAAUGAACCGUUCUUCAAGCAUCGCUGCCGCUACUGUGGCAAGGUGUUCGGCUCCGAUUCGGCGCUACAAAUACACAUACGCUCACAUACCGGCGAGCGACCAUUCAAGUGCAAUGUCUGCGGCAGUCGUUUCACCACAAAAGGCAAUCUGAAGGUGCACUUUCAGCGGCACGCGCACAAGUUCCCGCAUGUGCCAAUGAAUGCCACACCGAUACCCGAGCACUUGGACAAAUUUCACCCACCGCUGUUAGACCAAAUGUCGCCGGACAGCUCGCCCUCACACACACCGGCUGCGCUGCCACAGCAAAUGCCACAACAACAGCUGCCGCCUGUGUCAUUGCCGCUACCUUUUCCACCAAGCGCCGCCUUUCCUGGCUUAACCGGGCUCUAUCGGCCACCAAUGGAGCUGUUGAAGUCACUAGGCAACGUCGGCUUCCCAAAUCCAUUCUUUCCGCAAAUGUCUAAUGCCGUAAGUGAGUUACGCGCUGAAGCGCCUGCGGCACAGACCGAAUCCAAAGAGCAUAAUCAAGACUUGCCGACCGAUUUGCGUAAGUCGUCGGCAUCCAACUCACCGGAGUUGACAGUAGUGAAGACUGAAAUCACGGAGGAGAAAGAAGACGAAGAAACAGUCAAACAAACGAUGGCGCCCGCGCAACCUACAGAAACAGCGACGGUUGUUGUCGCAACGGAGGACACUCCAACACUGGCUAUUAAAAUUAAAGAAGAGCGCAUCGACACGGAUUCUCAGGAUGAAGAGUUGGAACGUGCGGAAACACCAAACGCACAGUUGACACCAUCGCCUGCGCGCGCAAAUGCCGCAACGCCGACACAGACGUCCGCCAGCGCGCCUUUCACACCACCAACACCCACCUCAAAGUCGUUGGCGUUGCCACCUGUUGUGCAGCCAGCGCAGCCGCCCAUCACUAUGCAUCCGCAUCCGUCACCCGGCUUGAACAAUCAUUUCGAUCACUUGCCCACACCAGGUCAACUGCCGCCGUCUUUGCACCAUCGCGACGACUUCUUUGCGGAGCGUUUUCCGUUGAACUUUACCAAAAAUCUCUCACCCGAGCACCACUCGCCCAUACGUUCGCCGGCGCAUCUGCAGCGCUCGCCGUUCUUCAAUCCAAUCAAACAUGAGAUGGCGCUGCUGCCACGCCCACACAGCAAUGACAACUCGUGGGAAAAUUUCAUUGAGGUUUCGAAUACUUCGGAAACGCUGAAAUUGAAGGAACUAAUGAAGAACAAGAAAUUGACUGACCCAAACCAAUGCGUCGUAUGUGAUCGUGUGCUGUCGUGUAAGAGCGCUUUGCAGAUGCAUUACCGCACACACACUGGCGAGCGGCCCUUCAAGUGCCGUAUUUGUGGACGCGCCUUCACUACGAAAGGCAACCUAAAGACUCACAUGGCUGUGCAUAAGAUUCGGCCACCCAUGCGCAACUUCCACCAAUGUCCCGUUUGUCAUAAGAAGUACUCGAAUGCGCUGGUCUUGCAGCAGCACAUACGUCUGCAUACCGGCGAGCCAACCGAUUUGACACCCGAACAGAUACAAGCUGCCGAAAUACGCGAUCCACCGCCUUCGAUGAUGCCGGGCGCGUUUAUGAAUCCCUUCGCAGCGGCGGCUUUUCACUUCGGUGCCAUGCCAGGCGCUGGCGCUGCCAUGGGUCAUUUAGGACCGCACAACGGACUCGGUUCAGAGUCUUCGCAAGGCGAUAUGGAUGAAAACAUCGAUUGCGGCGAUGACUAUGACGAUGACAUGUCGUCCGAACACAUGUCCAGCGCGCAUGACUUGGAUGUCAGCGAUCGGCCGCGUUCCAGUGACGAUUUUAAAGGUCUACUCUUCGAGCAGAAGCUACGUAUCGAUGCUACCGGCGUUGUGAAUACCACACCACGUCCGCAUUCGACUGCCAGCAAUGCGAACUCCGUAAACUCAGCGCCAACCAGUCCCAGCUCAGCGCCGCGCCACUGUUCCACGCGUACCAGUUCACCUGCGCGUUCCAUGUCUGAGGCGUCGCAAGGCGCACUAGAUCUCACACCGCGCGCCAUGCCCGCGCACGCCAAAAGUAGCUCCCACUCACCGGCACCGACGGCGGCAGCGCCGGCAAGUGGUCGCAAGUCGCCCACAUCACCGUCGCAGCGCAACAACAGCGCCAAUAGCAGCAUCACUAAAAGUCCCAAUCCAACGUCCAUACAAAAGCCACAAACGAGUCCCGCUGCUACACUCACCUCACCAUUGGUGCCAACAUCGGCAGUAGACUGCCUACCGCCAGUGUUGCACCAUCACUUGCAGCAGCAGCAUCAGCAACUGAUGCAACAGCAAGCGGUCGCAGCAGCAGCAGCGCAUGCUCAAGCGCAGGCGCAACAUCAUCAUCAACAAUUGCAACAGCAUGCCGUCGCUAUGCAUGCCGAGCAAUUGCGUCGCGAACAUCAAAUCAAACAGGAACAUGCGGCACAUCAGCAUCAACUGCGUCAACACCACCACCACCAGCAGCAGCAACAACAGCAAGACACACAUGCGUCGGCACAUUCGCCGCAUCAGCUGCCAUUGCCACCGUCGCCGCAUCUGGCGCAUCACCUGCAACAACAACACCAGCAAGCCGCGGCGGCAGCAGCAGCAGCCGCAGCAGCGCAACAACAACAACCAACCGGCGCUAUGCCACCACAAGGCCCACAACCACCCAAUCCAUUGGUUGCGGCGCGUCCACCGUUCGGCAUGUUUCCGAACUUGCCACUCUUCCCGCCGGCCACCGCGCAAACGAUGUGCUCCGCUAUGAACACGAUUGCGCAAUCGGUAAUGCCGGCGGCACCGUUCAAUCCACUUGCACUUUCCGGCGUGCGUGGCAGCACCACCUGCGGCAUCUGUUUCAAAACAUUCCCCUGUCAUUCAGCUCUAGAAAUACACUAUCGCAGCCACACUAAGGAGCGACCGUUCAAGUGUACCAUCUGUGAUCGCGGUUUUACCACAAAGGGCAACCUCAAACAACAUAUGCUGACACAUAAAAUACGGGAUAUGGAGCAGGAAACCUUUCGGAAUCGUGCAGUAAAGUAUAUGAGUGGCUGCAAAGACGGCUAUGAGUAGUGAGACCGUUGCAGUAGAAACAUAGUAGCGAUGGCUAUGUGUAGAAACAAGCAAGAAGAAGCAGAAUACAAAGAAUUUGAAGUAACUAGAACGCAGGCAGCUAAUUAGAAGCUUCAAAAAUUGCAAAAAAAAAAAAAAUCCGUGAAAGCUUAGCAACAAAGCCGCGCCUAGCAACCGCGUCUUCAAUAUGUUCGUAUUUCUUGUUGUUUUUGAUGCUUUUUGACAUUUACGAUUACUACCAUGCGUAAGUGAUAAGCAGUUAUGUAUGUAUGUAUGUAUAUAGGGUUUGUGUGAGCCAUCAAUGUAAAUAUGUAUGUAUGUACUAAAGUGAUACUGUGAGUAGUUUAUGUGUUUGACAAAAAAUAUUUAUAUAUGUAUAAGUAAAAAUAUAAAAUUAUGUAAACAUAUAUGGGGGUGCUAAGUAACUAAAGAAAUUUUAAAUCACUUAGUAAUGAUCUCAGCAUAGCGCUUGGGCAGCUGCUUCAAAAAUAAAUGAACUAUAGAAGUUCCAUCGCUGGUACCAUGUAAUGAGUGUACACUGUACUUUGGUAUGUUGGUGUUUGUGGUGUCGAACAAAAGAUGACUGAUGCGGAAAUGGCCAGUAAGAAAAAUCAUAAAACUCAUUUUUACUGCGCUGGCAUUUGAAAAGAAAAACAUUAAAAAAUAAUAAUAAUUUUUUGUUUAAACAAGCCGCGCACAAACAAAAGCGAAAACUAAGCAGGAACAAAGCGAAAAAAAUGCGCAUCUGCAAAAUGAGAAAUUAACGCUGCCAAUGAAAAUAUGUUUGAGGCGUUUAUUGUUGCAAUAAAAAAUAUAGUUUAAAACAUAUUUACACAUAGGAAUAUAUGCAUACAUACGAGCACAAUUCGUUGUGUAUAUUGAUCUAGGGAAAAAUCGGAUCUUCAUAUUGCAAAAAUGGCAAAAUUGUUAAAGAAGUGAAUGACUAAACGUGUUGCCCAGUCCGCUGUUUCGACAGUCAUAAACAGCAAUAACAACAAUAAGGUGCGCUGUCGUUCAGCCCGUUCAUUCAUGUUUCCUUUUCAUUUUCAUUUUGAUUUGCUGUGCGAGCGAACUCUUUAACAUUUGUAGUUUUAUUGACGAUUUUUAAUGGCCGCAUUUUUCUGUUCGUUUGCGUUUUUUUCAUGUUUUUUAACGUUUUAUUGCGCGUGUUCUGUUAUCCAAAAACAUAUAUGUAUGUAUAUGUAUGUAUAUUGUUUGCUGCAAUUAAUAGUUCAUUUCGUUUCUGAAGCAUUGAUCCUCGAAGCACACUUCUGUUUUUUUGUCUUUGUUUUCAAUAUGUACACAUGUAUACAAAAGUGUAAAUCAAAGAUAAAUAAUUGAAAGCAUAAAAAUUAUUUUUAAAUACUUAAAAACUGUACGGCAAAAAAAUAUAAGCAAAACAAUCAGAAAACAGAUGUAGAAUCCAUUAGAAAUCUAUCCAGAUCUGUUACAAUACCAAACGAACCGAUAACGGUAACAAAAAAUAGAAACAAUGGUGGUAGUGGCGCGGUGAAAAAUUCAGUUAUUUAUUUCAAAAAGACUGAUUUCAUUUUAAAUGAAAAUAAUUAACCAAUUAAAUGAGAAUAAAUAAAUAAAAAAA